GCCGCGCCGCGCGUCUUUGGCGCCGGCGGCGUUGCGGCAGUGGUCCUGCGUUCUCUGCGGUGCAGUCCGGCAGCCGUACAGCCCCCUCUGUCAGCUCUUCUAGUCCUCCUCCCGCCGCGCCAUCCGCUGUCCGACCCCACCGCCGGGGUUUUUGCAGCGGCCCGCACACCCUUCGACCCGUGUUCGCGCUCUGCACCUGGCUGCCCGAAAACAUGUUGCAGAAACACGAGAGCGGGAGUCUCCCCAUCCCUCAGGCUGAGGGGGAGAAGGAUGGCGGUCAUGACGGUGAGACCCUGACCGCCUCGCAGGAGGAGGCCCCGAGCCCCUUGCUGCAGGAGAGUCCCAAGGAGGACCUUGGCGCCAUGAGGGAGAAGGGGGUUGUGGAGCCCGCCCGCACCCCAAAAGGUGCAAGGGCCGUGAGCUGGCGCAGGGCCUACCGCCAUCUGGCUCGGACGGUGGCGGAGUUGCAUUUCCUGCUGAUGAAGGGCAAAAAGAAGAGUCCCAUCACUUGCUCCGAGAUGGUGAAAUACGUUAUUGGUGACUUGAAAGCUCUGUUCCCUGAAAUCAUCGCUAGGGUCGCAGAACAUCUGCGAUAUGUCUUUGGUUUUGAGCUGAAAUAGCUUGGUCGCAAGCACCACACUUACAUGCUGAUCAGCAAACUAAAACCUCUUGAGGGGGAGGAGGAUCUGGGCUUGGGUCUCUUAAUGAUGACCUUGGGCCUUAUUUACAUGAAAGGUAAUAGCGCCAGGGAGGCACAGGUGUGGGAGAUGCUGCGUCCGUUGCGGGUAUGCCCCUCAAAGUACCAGUUCCUCUUUGGGUACCCGAAGAGGCUUAUUAUGGAAGAUUUUGUGCAGCAGCGAUACCCCAAUUAGAGGCGGGUGCCUCACACCAAUCGCCCGGAAUGUGCAUUCUCUUGAGGUCCCCGAAGCAACCUGGAAACCAUCAAGAUGAAAAUCCUGGGGUUCGUGGCCAAGCUCCAUAAAAAAGGAGCCCAGCAAUGGCCAGUGCAGUACCGUGAGGCCCUGGCAGAUGAGUCUGACAGGGCCAGAGCUGAGGCCCGCAUGAGGCCUCGAGUCAGGGCCAGGGCCAAUGCGAGCUAGGGCUGAUGAAAAGGCGAGCAGCCUGAGGGGGUGGGGGUGGGGGUAUGGAAGCUACUUUUGAGCCCUAAGUAUUAUAGGUGGGGGAGGGUUGUUAUUUCUUGAGUUGUAUUUGUGUAACUAGGAUUUAACUUUUGUAUUUUGCUAGGUGAUGUUUAAAAUAUUGUUAAAUGGAUGUUUAUAAAUGAGAUUGCUCUACUUGUAGGAUUUUGUUGUAGAGUUUGGCCAGUUUUGUAAAAUGGUUUGAAAAACUUUGUAUUUUAUUCUGUGAUCUUGAACAAAUUAUGCAGCAUUGUAGUACUGUACUUCAAUGGUUUGAAGGAACUGCACUAUAAUGAUCUCGUACCAGGAAAAAAAAAUAGCUGAUUGGCAUCUAGCUUCCCAACACUUUUUGUCUAUUGUAUAAAGGAAAAAGACUGGCAUGUACCCCUAUUUGCUUAGCUAUUAUAGUAUCUAGAGAAAAAAAUGCAGUAAAUUAGAAAUAUACUCUGGUACACUAAAUAAACAUUUGUUA